UGGUAAUACUGGUAUCGUAAUGGGCCAAUGGCUUCCAGUUCGACUCCUGAGCGGGCAGAAGAACUGCUGUGGUCGCUGGGAGUAGGAGAGAAUUUGCCAAAAUGGUUGAAGGAGUCGAGGAAGCGUGCCACGAUGCCGAUGCUCAAUGAGAAGAAAGAUCAGAUUGCAGGUGGACUGCCGACACAGGCUCCGGCAGUUGCAGAUUCAGGGCAACAGCAACAAGACAACGGACCGGUACAGGUGUCUUUGCUGCACGGCCCGCUGCGUGGGCCUAGUGGUCCAUGUGCUCCAGCCAUGAGUUUGAAGGACUGGCUCGAAAGCCUGGACGAAGAUGGCUUUCUGGUUCAGUACCAUGACAAGCUGGCCAGUGGCCUUGACAGUAUUGAGCAGAUGUUGGUGGCCUACACUAAGCAGGAUGGUGAAAUCGAUCCCAAGUUCUUCGAAGAUGUCGACAUCAAGAAACUAGGGCAUCGACGGCUGUUCCAACAAUGGUUCCGCGAGCAAAGCCGAAAACUCGCGGCACAAAUGAAUAGUACGCAGAGAUAUCAUGACCUGAUCAUCUUCACUUUGGACUUUAGAUUGUUGUUUCGGAGCUUGGAAUUCCCGUGAAUUCCCAUGGUUGUUGGUAAAAUCCAGCAAAAUCCCCCAUGCGGAACGUUCCGCAUGGCAUGACCAUCGCUGCUUUGCCAUGUACCAAUGUCACACUGGAAAUA